AUGUGUUUGGAGGAAGCAGCCGCGGCGGAGGGCGAGCAGCGCGGAGGGAGAGACGCCACUUCUCAGCUGCCGAGCAAAUUGUCUGCUGGGCAUGAGGGGGGCAUGGAGGAGGAAUCUGAGCAGGUAGAUACAGCAGCAUCUUCAGGAUAAAGGAGCUGCAGGCGCAUGGUGCAUGGCAGGCUCUCUGUUUAUUCAUGUAAACUUACUCCGCGCCAGAAAAUUACGCACAAGUUUGGCAUGUAUGUUUUUAGUAAUCUGAGGAAUAACCGGGGGCUUUUAUCGACAAUAAAGGAGCUAAAUUAUUCGAUCUUACGCCUGCUUUGCGCUUUGAUGCAUCAUGUCUAAAGCUUAGUGUUUGAUAACACAGCCAAGAGCUGCAGAACUUCUCUGUCAAGAUCUAAUUUAGGGUUGAGGAGAUAGAGAAUCACCGUCAUGUUCUCGUCGACUUUCAUCGUGUUUCCCUGCGCAUUAGCGGCAGUGCGCUUUAGCAGCUAGUUUUCUCUUUGGUGUGAUGAUGGAGAGGAAGCGUUGAAGUGAAAGACAGAGAGGCUCUAAAGUUGACAGCUCGCGCGGCUCUGCCCGUCAGGAGCUCGCGGCCCAGACACCUCGGACGAUUCAUUAGGGAGGUCCAAUCCACUUCAAGUCCACCUUAAGUAAAUAACACCAUGAGCCUCACAGGCUGCGGGAUUAUUAGUCAUUUCCCAUCUCAGAGAUCAGUCACGUCUUUGUGGUGACUUACAGGCCCGCACUCCUUCACACCUCUGAGGUGUGUGUCUUUUUGUCAAGUUGGAGAGAAGAUCAAGUUAGAAAAAGUCCUGUCGUUGGACUAUUUCACUAAUUUAAAGUAACUACAUUUGAAAAGUUUGUGGUUUAAUUUGGGCCUUUUAAGCACAAAUAUAACUGUAGUGGUAAUAAAUAUAAUAUGUAACUAAAAUUAAAACUGCACUUGUGUUUGCUGCAGAAACUGAAUUGUCAAAUUAUUUAUUUAGUCUCGAGAUGAAUCACGCUCAGUACUUGGGCAGAAAAAAAAGCGACCACUCAUUUAUUCUCCACCAAUAGCCCGGCAGCAUCCUUCUGCAUAUGGGCUGCUUCUCAUGCAAAACGCCGCCCGUCCCCGUCCAGCUGCCUCCCGGCGUCUGGGGAGCUCCUCCUCAACAGGACAUGUGUUACUGGCUGGAGAAAAAGAGAGAUAAGGCUUCAAAACAUUCAGCCUGCUCCUCUUUUUAUUUUUUUUUUUCCUGCUGCACCUCUUCAUCCUAGAAUUCUCCUCUUCUUCCACUAUAUUAUUUCUGUCCUUCUCCUCUUGGUUUUAUCUGUUUUUCUAUUUGUGUUUGCGUCGCGUCUGGGCGCAUUCUGCAGAGCAUCUGGUUUUGUUUCCAUCAGAGAGACGGGUCAUUGAGCUCCAUGACAACCGGGCGGUUCAUAGUUGUGCUUGAAAGUACAACCAGCAGUAGAAAUAUGGCGUUUCUGCUGGACCACAAAGCCCACUUUUCUUUCUUUCUGCACUUGAACCUGCACAGGAUUUCUUUUUGAAAAAUAACCCCCGAAGCCCUGCAGGCUGCAGGUCUUACACCCUCAGCCUCCACACAAACUUGUAAAUUCAGCAUGUAAACAAGAAAACUUGUUGUUGUUUGCAUGUGUAGAAGAUGCCUUGAUAGUCUGUCAGUGGGGAUAAUCUCCGCCUGAUUUGGAAUAAACCAGGGAGAGAAAAAGCCAGCUCACAGAGGCAGAUUAAUCCACGAAUAGAAGGAAAUCAAAAUAUGGGCUAUAGGCUUAAAAAUAUCUCUGCUCCCCUCCAGGCAAAGACACUAUUAAAUGCAAAAAUGGUUUUAACCUUACCACUGUAAUCCCUCACUAGCAAUAGAUUUCAUUCUCACUUGUAUUUUUUAUUCCGGCGCAGGCAGAAGUUGCAAAUUGGAAUUUGUGGAGCUGCCUGUGUGCUCAAGUUGAACAAAACAACGUGUAUAAUUUUCAUAUUUGUGCUGAUUUAUUGUAAGGGUGAUCAGAGGUAGAUUUUUAAAGCAGGAGGCCUUUCACGAGGCCUGUGCAGGAAGGGAAAACAAAGUCAUAUCACUGCGUAAAACCAAAAAUACAAAUACGUUAACUUAUCAGAAUGUGUUUUUUACACCUGCCCGAAAAGAGAGUAUUAUUUUAAACACAAAUCAUGUUUUUUAAUUUUUAUAAAAGUAUUUUUUUUAAAUACAAAGUGUAAGUCACGACUAAAGAGGCCAUGCUAGCACGGCUAAAGAAAGGGGGUAUUUCACUAUCAGGCCACAGUGUUGUAAAGCAGCCCAAGAGGUUUGGGGUUUAUGAAGUGCAGACAAGUGAACUGGUACACCGCGAGAUAAUUAAUCUGAGAUAAUGAAUGAGGCAGUGAAGAUGCAUGCAAUCAUUAAUUCUAAUCAUGACACGUUUAUUUGUCUCCCCUCUCUCCUCCAGGCUCAGUUAAGAGACAAUGUCACCACAACAAUGCGCAAGGUGCACGGCUCGUGGAGGGAGAGGACUCCCGGAGAAAGCCUGAAUCGGGCAGGUGAUAAGAUGAGGAGGGAGCUUGAAAUAGGAGCAAAAUGGUUCCUCUUCGUUCUAGUGUAG